AUGUCUUCAGAUCUUGAGAAACAUGUCAAAAGACUAAAGGCCAGACUGGAAGCAAUGUCGCAGGCAGUCAAGAUGGAGAAAACAGCUGAUCUCAGACAGUGUCUGGCCAUUUGUGCUGAGGCUUCUGAGCAAACAAAGCAGAUGCACUUCAAUGAAUUUGAAGAUGUUCUCUCAGCUGAUGAUGCUCAUCAAGUCAUUGUCUCAACACUGGGAGAGCUUAUCUCAGUGAAGCGUAUCACAACCGGAUCUAGGUCAGCUCAGUGGCUGGGGCAAAUGUCAGAUGAAACUCCUCAGCAGCUUCCAGGGAUCGCAGCCGUGUGUCUGAAGGCCCUGUGA